GUUCACUGCCACUGUCUCUGGAUUUUCCCAGCAAAACUCCCGUCACGGGGCCCGCCUACGGGUCUUUUGACGCUUUGGGGACAAAUUCUCCGUCACCACCAGCUGGAAAGGCAUCUUUCAGGGAUGAGAGGAGAAAUUGACUAUGUAAUGUCACGAGGAACAAAGAGACUGGCGAUCUCGCCUCAGUGACUGAGUACUGGCAAGGUCAUCUUUCCGCGACUCUUUAUGUCCAGGAUCUCGAGUUCGAUCAAGAUUUCAUGCCAAUGACGACUUUCAGAGACGCGGGUUUUUGGAAUGGGCUUCGUGUCGUUGUGCCUGACCGCUUCGAAUCUCACGGAAGCAAAGGAUAUUGCACAGGCCACAAGCAUCACCUCUUUGAUCGCUCAGGAAUCCUUCAUCAUGACACCAGCUUGGCUAAUCUGAUGUGUCAAAGGAGAGACGGAAAAAUCUGUGGUGUCCUCAAUGAUCAAAGUUACAGUCAUAACUUUGAUUCGUACUCCUCGGUUGUCUCGAGUUCAUCUCUCCGGCAUAAGGAUACCCUGCCUUACAUGAUUCAUGACUUUCUGGGUUAGUCAGACGUUGACUAUCUGUAUCGCCCUGACAUCGAAGCCCUCUACUACGUUCUACUGCUGCUCUGCUUACCAUUACGAGAUUUGUCCGGUACGCAAAAGGACGGGUCUUGGUGGACUUCAAAAACCUGAAGACAGUGAUUUCCGAUCAGUGGUUUGACAGAACGAUCAUGACGGUUACUUGCCGCCCACAAACACAGUUUCCUGACCGGUCAUCAGACAAUUUCUACGCCGGCCUCAUUUUCUGUCUUUCUUCUGUGGCUCGAUAUUUGUUUGCAGGAGGGAUGGCUGCGCUGGCAGAUUCAAAGACCAGAUGCCAUCAGCAAUCUCCUCGAGACCCGGGAAAGGGACAUUGAACGUCUUGUGCCCUUCGACAACAAGACCAUCGUAGGCAUAUCAUCUACUCCAAAAUUGUGAAAAUCAUGUCGAAUCAAUGGU